AUGCAGGGAGAACCGCCGGGGAGAACCACGAGGGAGAACCGCCAGGGGAACCGCCUGGUGAGGGAGAACCGCCUGGGGAGAACCGCCAAGGGAGAACCGCGAGGAGAACAGAGGGAGAACAAAGGGAGAACCGCCUGGGAGAACCACGAGGGAGAACAGAACCGCCUGGGAGAACCACGAGGGAGAACCACGAGGGAGAACCGCUGGGAGAACCACGAGGAACCGAUGGGAAACCACGAGGGAGAACGAAAGGGAGAACCGCCUGGGAGAACCUGGGAGAACCACGAGAGAACCGCCAGGGAGAACCACGAGAGGGAACCGCCAUUGGAGAACUUGAGAGAACCGCCAGGGAGAACCCGAAGGGAAGGAGAACCGCCUGGGAGGAGAGAACCGCCAGGAGAACGAGGGGCCAAGGAGGGGAGAACCACGAGGGGGAACGCGGGAGCCCGGGAGAACCGCAUGGGAGAACCACGAGAGGGGAAACAGGAGCAUUACUUUAGUCAAUCAAACACGUCGAUCAGAUACCCAGCAUUAGGGAGAUUGGUCGUCGCGUGA